CCAGAAUGUUCACCUAAACCACUGACUGCCGAAGAAAUGCGCAGCAGCAGCAGCAGCAGCAGCAGCAGCAGCAAUUGGAAAAGGUCGGCGCUAGUAUCCACCGACUCCCCGACCCGACGGAGACCCUUGGCUGUCCAAAUUCUCGGGAGGGCCGUCGCCGAGGUGAGGUAAUGGAGCUGCCCCGAGCUCCCAAAAAGUGUUCCGGUCAUCGAACCACUCUCAACCCGAACAGAGCAGACAAGCUCUCGACAGCUCCCAACAGCUUCCUCGUCCACAACCCUCAACUUCUCGACGACAUCCAACGGCCUAUUCACAAUUACCACGCCGUAAGCGAAACCAAAUCAGCAAAAAAUGAAAGUCCUCACAUCCCUCCCCGCGGCCCAAACCCGCCGCGCUCUCCCCGCCAUCUGCGCCGCCUGCACCUCAACGAUACCCUCCUCCUCCUCCUCAUCCUCCUCCUCCUCGCGCCGCCCCUUCUCCGUCCUAAACCGCCCACCGCCAAACUACCCAGGCCACAUCCCCCUCACCAAAAUCGAACGCGCCGCCCUCGGCCUCGGCGCAGGAAUCUGGUCCCUCCUCUCCCCUUACCGAGGCGACCUCAUCGCCGCCGUAGGCGAGACCACCGCAACCCCCUACUUCAUCUACCGCCUCCGCGACGCAAUGCUCGCCGACCCAACCGGCCGGCGCAUCCUCCGCGACCGCCCCCGCAUCACAUCCACCUCCCUGAACCUAUCCCGCCUGCGCGCCAUGCCGGAUAACAGCGUCGGACGCGCCUACGUAGCCUGGCUGGACGCCGAGGGCGUGUCCCCCGACACGCGGCCCGUUGUGCGGUACAUCGACGAUCCGGAGUGCGCGUACGUGAUGCAGCGGUACCGCGAGUGUCACGACUUUUUCCACGCGCUGACGGGCCUGCCUAUCGUGCGGGAGGGCGAGGUGGCGCUCAAGGCAUUCGAGUUUGCGAAUACGUUGAUUCCGAUGACGGGGUUCGCGGUGCUGAGUUAUGCUACCAUGAAAGCUGGGGAGAGGAAGCGGUUUAGGGAGAUUUAUGGCCCUUGGGCGGUGAAGAAUGGGAUGAAGUCCAAGGAGGUGAUUAAUGUCUACUGGGAGGAGCAGCUGGAGAGGGACGUGGAUGAGUUACGGGCCGACUUGGGGAUUGAGAGGCCGCCUAAUAUGAGGGAGAUUCGGAAGCGGGAGAGGGAGGAGAGGAGGAGGGCGCAGGAGGCUUUGAAGGGGGUGUAGACUGUGGGUUGUGUAUUGUGUAUAGACAUGGGGUUUGUAUA